AUGGUGCGCGUCAAAUUCCGCUACUUGGUCGUGAACUUUCUCUACCCAGAGCCUUGCACCACCUCCACCCCAAAAUCCAAAACCACCCCUGCACCACUGCCAGACCUCAUCCAGAUACAUUCUCCAACGCCGGAUGCGCUACACCAGGGAAGUAUCAUGCGCAUGAUCCGCGACGCCGUGGAAGAUUUAUACGGUGACUAUGGAGCAGGAAUGAUAUCUGCUGGUCUAAAAGUAAACUACUUCUCGCCUUCCACCUCAACCGCCAUCCUCCGCUGCCCCCGCGACCACUACUCCAUGGUCUGGGCCGCGCUAACCUUCACCACCCACCUGCCCACCAAACCCCUCGCCAUCCCCGUCGUCGUCCGCGUCCUGCGUGUGAGCGGAACGAUUAGAAAGGCAGAGGAGGAGGUCAUUCGUCGGUCCAAGAUGAUUGUCAAGAGAGCGAAGGAGUGGGAGGCGCAGGCGGGCGGGACGAUGACGAUGACGGUGCCGAUGGUGAGGAGUGUGGAGCUUGCGGUUGAGCGGGCGAGGAAGGAGGAGAUGGGGCGGGGGGUUGCGGGUGGGGAGGAGGAUGUCAUGAGUGAGUGA